UUCAUUUAACAAAGUACUCGACAUAAAUCAUAUGCAAACAUACCCAAGUUCACCUCCACUGUAGCGUGUAAACUAGAGAAAUUACCAUAAUUACACAAUACUACAAGUUUCUCGUAAUUUUCACUUAUUUUCGCGAGUUAAACCUCAUUUGUUUAACGCGGAAACCGGUUUCGGAUGUGUUAUGGUACGAUGAACGAACAGCUGUCAAAUCAGCGACAAUGCAUAGCAUGGGCGCGCGUUAAUUUCCAUCAACAUUGUGGAUCAUCAUAUCACUUAUGUAGGAAUGGGAGAAAGAGCGAGGCCGGUGCCCGCGGCGGCAGUCGCUCCUCACGCGCAAUUCGACAUGGUCAACUGUACAUAAUUACGUGCACCGAGCGUAUAUCAUCAAAACACAAUUGCGCGUAUCUGAACGCGGCGCGUCAUUCGAAAAAAAAGAACUGUCAAAUUUUCGCGCGCUUUUCGGUCCCAUAGAUAAAACAGAUCAUGAUUUAUUGGAACGUGUUUCGUAUAUGAAAGUGAAUUAACAUUUUUUUUAAUUCAUAUCGUGUUGAAGUGAAUGUGAAACUAUCUAUUACGUAACAGUGAUUUUCUGUGCUCUUACUUUAGUAGUGACAGUUAAAUAACGAACAAGAACGAUUGUGGGCGAUGAACAAUGCCUAGGGAACGUUCAGAAGACGGCGACUGUAACGCUAUAGCGCGGCUCAUCAAGGACUUCUGCAGUUGCUCUGAGAACGCCACCUGGUCGCCAGAGAUGACAUCAGACAGACGAAAAGGCCCACUGCUCAAGAGUGAACUCACAAACAUGUCUGCGAUGCGUCGAAGAAUAAUUUCCAUUGCCAAAAGAAAAAACAAGGAAGUCCCAGAGCCUCAGAAACUGACCUACGGGACUACUUUCCAGAAAAAUUCGGACACUCUCACUUCAAACUUGGUUAAUACAACGAUCAGUUCUCAAAGCAGUACUCUCAGGCGAAACAUCGACAACUUCCUCCUGUCUCGAAGGAUGUUCGCUCUCGAGGAGAACAUUUACGAGAAACCAAUUCAGGUGAAGACACCCACGUGCGGUGAGAACUGGUCUCUAAGCAAAGCGUGGCGGAACAACAACUCAGAUUUCUUCAACCGCUCGCCUACCCUCGAUUCUAACCGACUAAUUGAGCGGAACUACACCCAACUCGAACGAAUAGAUGAGAUCCCGCAGCGGAAAAAACGAAAUAAGAAAAUGAAGGAGCAAUUGCGAUACGAUAGGAAUAUUAAGAGGCACAUUCGGAUACGUGUGAUGUUGUCUUUACGGAUGAGGAGGUAUAUGAAGAGGAGGAUGAAGAAGCCUGGUUUGCAGGCGUCGCAGAAUGUAAACGUGCCUCCGAGGAGGUUUCCGAGAGGGGCAUCAGCGACGUCGAGUUUUGGGACCCGGUCUUAUAGGAGUGUGAUGACGGACAAGUUAGGGGAUGGUGCUGUAUUAUUUGACAUCUAUGAAGCGAGGAACUCCACCAUGGAGCUGUGCCACGACUACGAAGAGGACCUCGAUACGCUACAGAUUGCGUUACGCGCCGGUAACUUUAGGAGCGGUCGUCUAGCUGUCGAGGGUUGGUGGUGCGGGCGCGCCAUGCCGGGCGCUGGCGGGCGCGCCAACAAUGGCGCCCUGGCGUUACACUACGCGGCCGCACGAGGGUGCCUCGACUGCGUGCGGUUGCUAACCAACACUACGCCUGAUGUCUCUGCCAACACGGCGAUGGACAAUGACGUGACGCCGGUGUAUCUGGCGGCACAGGAAGGGCAUCUGGCAGUUCUCAAAUAUCUGGUGCUGGAGGCUGGAGGGCGUCUGGAUGCGAGGGCCAGGGAUGGUAUGCUGCCCAUUCAUGCAGCUGCCCAGACCGGUUGCUUGGACUGCGUUAAAUGGAUGAUUGUGGAGCGUGGCGUUGACCCUAAUGCGAGAGACGGAGACGGGGCCACUCCUCUACAUUUCGCAGCCUCCAGGGGUCAUCUCAGUACAGUACGCUGGUUGCUCAGACAUGGUGCUAGAUUGCACCUGGACAGACAUGGCAAGAGCCCCAUCAAUGAUGCAGCUGAAAAUCAUCAUUUGGAGUGCCUGAACGUGCUGGUGGCUGCGGGUGCGGCAGGGGCGGACAACAAGCAGCUCUCCUCCUACAAGGCGAUACACUCAUGCGCAUGUGCUCCUGGAGAAGCGAGAUGCGCCCUACCGAACUGCAUAAACAUGAAUGGUACUCGCUCCCCCUUCUACCUGCACGCUCCAGAGCGGGAGCGACGCAACUCUGUGCAGGAGCGACGUGGCUCCUUACCUUCCACUGUCGGCUCCGUCAGUUCAGCCCGCUCCGGACCUGCUGAUGGACUGUAUGUCAAUCCGAUGCAGAGAGCCACGUCUACCAGUGUCACGCAUCACAGCUCUUCGGGGGAGGAGAGUUCAGCUUGCUCCGCAUCAGACGCGGAUAACACGGCGAGCGGCUGGUUCCUCCACAACAACAAUAGCAGCUCAGGAGCCCCGGCAGCUCUCUACCAGCGCGUCAGAGACCUGUUCCAUACUCGCUCCCCGGGACCUAGGGUCCCUGCUGAAGGACAGGAGGCACCCGCUAUGACUGGGUCGAGGCAGUCUGAGGAGCCGGAUGAUUCUAUAAUGACUGUGAAAGCAGAGAUCCAUGGGUCUGCGGAGGCCACGACAGCUCAGGAGCAGUCAGACAGUGACAGCGGAGCCGAGGCCACCAGGCGAGACCACCACUAUGAGGAUAUCUACAUGCCCAGGGAGGAACAUCAGAGACGAAGGAGCAGUUCUCGCGACUCAGGCAGCCACAGUCGACCUGGCAGCGCCGCGCUCGUUGUGGACUACAACACCAAAGAUAGCACUGACACCGCAAGCAAAGCUUACGAGGAGGUAUCGUCUCCAGUGUCAGAGACGCAGACCAAGUCAUCGAUAGCCACCAAAUUGGCAGCACUCACACAUAAGGCACAGAACUUUGCAAGCCGUCUAUCAUCAGCGGCCGGCAGCAGACGCGCGUCAGUAUCAGACGAAGCGACAGUAGUGCAAGCUGCCUCAGCUUCCUCAGGAGUGUCCUCUGGUGGUAGCUCGGGAGACGAGGCUCCUCCUCCACCUCCACCACCACCGGCACCACCAGCCCCACCCCCACCUGUAGUGUUGGAAGAACCAGCACUAAAGCCUUCGGAGCUCAGGGGGAGAUUAGCGGGGCGACGCGGCUCGGCGGCGUCCGCAGACGACGACAGACCGCGCGGGCCCAACCUCGUCAACAAGCAAGCCGUGCUCCCCUUCGUGCCUCCCGCGUUCCCGCAUAACGCGCCCGACCGCCUUAUCAAACCGUCCGAGUAUUUGAAAACAAUCACGGCGCCGUGCAAGCGGGACGACAGCGCGGCGGAGGCGCGUCCUCCGCCGCCGCCGCCGGUGCCAGCCGACAACGUGCCGCCGCCGCCGCCGCAGCCUCCCGUCACCACGCACCAGCCCCUGGCAGCCAUCAGCAGUGCCGAGCUUUCCGCAGUGCGACUGCGAACACCGGCCACUAAAACGUUAUCAGCUCCGCCCCCUGCACGAUCAGUCAGUUUACAAUGCUUACCCAGCGCCGCAGAAAUCUACAAAAACGCGAAAACGGAUUUGAUAGAGGAACUGAAAAUGUCCAAGGAUAUAACGGGAAUCAAGAAACUGAAAGUGGAACGAGCGCGCCGGGAGAGCCUCCAGGAUAAGGAGACGUUCACGGAGUUCACCAAGAGGUUCACCGCUGAAAACUUUGUGGAACAGAGGUGUGCACAGGUCCCGGAAAGAGAUGCAGCUGGUAACGUGAUCCCAGCCUGGAAGCGUCAGAUGCUGGCGAGAAGAGCUGCAGAAAAGGCUCGGAAAGACCUGGAGAAGGAGCUAGCGGGAGAAGCGGAGAGGCGAAGGGCUGCUGCCGUGCCAGCAUGGAAGAGGCAACUACUGCAGCGAAGAGAAGAGGCCGAGAACAGGUUGAGAAAUUCCCUGUACACUCCCAAGGUAGAGGAGACGAAUGGACAGCCAAACGGUGAAUGGCGAUCGUACCCGAGCGGGACUCAGCGUGCUGUGUCCAUAGACAACAUCAGCAUGUGCUACGACACUCCUGCGCAGCCCAUAAGGGCGCCAUCAGAAGCAAAACUGUCUAGUGAUCAUUGUAACGGUCAUACCACAACUAACGGUAAGCAUGAAGAGGAAGAAGAAAAAGCGAAGAUAAUCCCUUGGCGAGCACAACUGCGCAAGACCAACAGCAAACUAAAUCUUCUUGAAUAAAGUACGUAAUGAGUGCCGCCCACCGAACGCGUGGACCGCGCGGUCAAACGGGCAUAGCUGUAGGAUCGUCAAACAUAGUCAAUAGGAAGAAAUAAUGCUCAGUUGCUCUCUGAUAGAUAACGACGUAAAAUUUAAUUUAUUUAGGUUAUUUUAUGUAAUUAUUGCUAUUUAUUACUUUUUAUACACACACACUCUCAACACGACCAAACAAGUGAACGCCGAGCGGUUUCACAAGCGGUAUAAGAUACAAUAGAAAAUACAUUGUGUCAUCCGCGGAUACGCGUUUAGGCUCACGACGGGGUAAACUAAAUUAAUUAAUUUAGUCGCCUAUAUAUCGCAGCAUUCGGAAAGCAACACCAUGAAGUGUUCAGUUAUAUUCGUUGCUCGAUAUAAAUAUACAAGCUACAUAACGAGUCCAAAUAAUUGUAGAAAUGAUUCGAAAUGAUGUAUUUUAUUGAUAGCCGACGUUCUACGGAAGCAGUGGAGUGGACAAGAUUAUUUCCGAGUCGAUUAAGUAGAUUUAGACUAAAGUAGUAACUCCAAACAAUGUUUUGAUAAUUUAGUAAUAUAUUUUAUAUAGAAAUUUUUCUGCAUAUUAACUUUUAUAUAUUACUAGUUUCAACUAAAUUUUCAUAUGUAUCUGAUAGGAAUAGAUACGUAUUUUAAAUUUAGUACAUAAAAUUUCGUUAACGAUUUUUUUAAAUUGAUAUGUAGGUACUUAUUUUUACUAUAGUCAUGUAAAAAUGUAAAUCUACUAGAUUAGAAUAUUUCUAGUUAUUCGUAUAAAAUAUAAAUAAUUAUGGUCUAUACUACUUACUUUGAUCUAUACGGAAUAAAUAUUGUGUGAGAAAGGACACAAGUUACUUUCAAUCCUGAAGACAUUACCGUCCAUUCUGUGAGAAUUUAUGACUUGUGAAAAUAUCGAAACGAUGAAGUAACAUUUGCUCAAAAAACCUAAGUUUAUCAAGUUUUAUGAACCAGAAUAUAAAUGAUUAUAACGAAAAUAUAUUUAAAAAUAUAUUUAAGGUUUUUUUUUAUAAUGCAAGUGAUACCAAUGUUGCAAUACUAGUGUGUAAGCUUAUAAAGUGGGAUUCAUCAGACAUGUGUGACCUGCUACAUCUAUGUGUGUUGAUUUUAUUCAGUACUCCUGAAUUCUUAUUGUAAUGUUGUUAAAUAAAACGCUAUUUGCUUAAA